ACAGGUCAGACCGUGCUGUGAAUUUGAAUCAAGUCUGGAAAGUCUCCAAGGAAUUCCUGUUUUGCUGCUUUUCACAGUUAAUGAGCAGCAGGUUGAGAUCACAGAAUAUCUAGUAAAGUAAAGAGCAGGAAACUAGAAGGAAUCGCUGUGAAUACACAAUAGUAUCAUGGAUAGUGAUUCAUUCUGUCGCAUAUUGUCCAACGUCAACACAUUGUUCCCCGAGGACGUGCAGCAAACUCUGUGUUACUCUCUGCCUUCCAUUUCUCACGUUAACUGUUGUGUGUUUAUGGCAUGUAUUAUAGGCCUUGUACACAAAGUAGUGGUUGUUGUUGGCAUGCUAAGAAUGCUCGACACCUUCAGCCAGGCUCUCCAGCCCAAGCCAAAGUAAUCAAAGAUCCAGAGCACACUGGCCAAUCCCUAAAGGCAAAACAAGGCAAUCAUAUAGCAGGGAAUAGAGAGACGAGGCUGAGCCCAAGUGGUUUAGAUAUCAAAAAACGCAGGUGCCGCAUCACGGGGAUCGGCCCGAGCAGGGACAAAUGGCAACCCCCAGACCUGUGCCCUCUAAGGCAGAAGGAAACCUUGGAAGAUCUGAAUAAUCGGCUGGCUGCUUAUCUGGAGAAGGUGAGCCUGCUGGAGGAGUCCAAUCGACAUUUUGAGCGGAAAAUUCAAGAUCUCUGUGAGAAAAGGGCAAACGUCAGUCAUGACACAAGCCAGUAUAAGAAGGUCAUCGCUGAGAUGGAGACCCAGAUAAAUAAGCUAAAAAUGAAAAAUGCUGAGCUAUCUCUGGAGGUUGACAAUACCAAACUAACUGCAGACAACUUCAAAUCAAAGUAUAAAACAGAACUCUCAUUGCUUCAGUUUAUAACUGCUGACAUAAAGGAAGUGAAGACAACUGGCAGUCAUCUACAGAUGGAAACAGAUUGCCUAAAGGUGGAGCUACAGAUGUUAAAUGAAGAGUUAAGUUGCCUCAAGAAGGAUCACCAGGAGGAUAUAGUGAAACUCCAAGAGGACCAAUCUAAAUGUCAAGUGAAAGUGGAAGUGAACAGUCAACCAGCAAAUGACCUCACCAAAGCACUGGAGGAGAUGAGAGAGCAUUACAAAGUGAUUGUUUGGAGUUCUAACAAGAAAACAGAACCUUGGCUUGUUUCUAAGUUCAGACAAUGCAAUUAUCAAAAUACAAUGGCCCUCGAACCCCUGCAAACCCAGAAGAGGGAAGUGACUCUACUGAGAAGGACCACACAGAACCUGGAAGCUGAGUUGGAAAACUUACAUAACCUGAAAGCUUCUCGAAUGGCAACUCUCACUGAGACCGAGCAAAACUAUGCAGCUCAGCUACAGAGAAUGCAAAACAUCAUUUCAAGGAGAGAAGAUGAGCUUGCAAAGACUAGAGCAGAAUUUAAGCAAAUGUCGGCUGAUGGUGGGAUAUUGCAUUACCUCAAGGACCUUCUGGAGAUGGAAAUAAAGACAUACGGGCAGCUCAUGGAUGCGGAAGAGAUCAGGAUGGACACCUCUAAUGGACCUCUAAGAACUUCAACAUCAAAACAAAGUGAGUUUAUUGCUGUUACAGAUUUGUAUAUUUCCACAUUAGGAAGAAGGUCUCAGCUAAGGUUGAAACAAUACACAUACAGUAGCCUAUGCAGUUGCAUUGGGGCCUAGAAGCCAGUGUCUAAUCCUGCAGUUGAGUAAAACCAACCAGAGGCCGGUUUGUAAUUAAAUAUUUUAGCUGGAAAAUGAAGGAACACGUAUUUAAAGGUAAUUCCAGAUUUGUCCUCUCCUACAUUCAGUAAUAUCAUUGAUCAUUGAAGUCCUUUUGUUGGAAUACCAUCUUGUAAACUCUACACAAACUAUUUGUGUCUGAUCUUCCGGCCGACAUUACAGUUGCAUCACUGAGAUUUCCAGUGUACAUGUUUUUGAUUUCAGAGGCCAUGUCUAUCACAUGCAAAUCACUGUUCAUCUCAUAGACGUUAUGGAAAGUGCAAUGUGGGACUGGGUUACGCUUCGGAAAUGAAGAUGUAAAGUACAAUGCUGUACGGCAGUGCUGUCCAACUGCUACAAUGGACACAAACUGUCCACAAAAGAAUGGUAUAAAAGCCAAAUAAGGGCCAUAUAAAUCCAUUGGAAGGCCACAUCCAGCCCCCCUACAUGAUUUAAUUGCAUGUACUUGCUUUCCAUUCCACGACACUGAGACAAAAUGGACACAAUGAAAGUAACGUCAAACUCUACUGUGAAAUGCAAAUAAAGUGUUCAGUUGUCAUUACACAAUGAUGUUAAAAAACUCAUCAAACAAAUGCUUUUUUAAAAAAAAAAAAAUAAUAAUCUCUCUCCCUCUCUCUAAAGAUAAAUAAGCUAAAAAUGAAAAAUGCUGAGCUAUCUCUGGAGGUUGACAAUACCAAACUAACUGCAGACAACUUCAAAUCAAAGUA